CUCGGCCGGCCGAGCGAGACGGCGCGAGUCGUGGACAUGCGGAGGCCGACGAGCCCUCGCGCGAAGGGACACAGGACAGACGCUCUUGGACAUCGGGCGAGAGCGGGCGACCGGCCGCGCACCUGCCUCGCUUCGCACGCGUCGUGCUCGAUCGCGAACGAUAACAAAACAUUUUCAAAUUGAGAAUUGUUCUCAUCAUAUUCUAAUUUCAAUUCAAAAUUCAAUGGAACAAUUUUAGUUUUAAAUUUUUAAACGGACAGUGAUUUUGAAAAAGGACUGAAUAGUGAAGAAGUUUUUAUUGUUAUAAAUUUGCGGAGUGACCAGUUGAGUUUUGGCGAAUCGCAAGACCACUGACUGGGCAGAUUAGAUACGAAAUCAAGUUUCGAUAAGGCCGUAUGACCACUGAAAAUUGACGAAUGAAAAUUUGCAAUGUUUUAUUCACAUUCAUAAUGAAAAGGAAAAAAUCAGAAAAUUAAUAGUGGUUUUUUUUUUUAAAUUGAAGAUGAAGAAAUUUAGAAGAUGACUAAAGAUGUUAUUAUUAUUUUCCGUCGGACUUUCGACGGUUGUGUGAUGCGUGGUAUAUUAUCGGCGGUUUAGGGACUGCUAUCAGCCGUUUGACCGGCGGCCCGUGUGAAGUGAGUUACUGAACUGUCAUCCAAAGACAAGAUAUUAAGAUAAAUAAUUCUGGCGAUAAAAGAAGUUGUUGAAGAUCUAAAAAUAGGUGACCAAAUCAAGAUGAGAAUUAAGAUGCCAGCUGUACGCAUCGCGCAAGCGGAUGCGGACAGCGCGGCAGAAGGCGGCUCCCCUACUCCAGGCAUGCCUGGAGACACCCUCACCUGCGGGGCCUGCCGGCGGGCCUUCGCCCUGGCGGACAUCGUGCGGUUCAUCCAGCAUAAGAUCUCAUCCUGUGAUAAAGAUCUCACCUCCUACCAUUGCUAUAGUGCUGGACCGAACUCCGACCAAGAAGAUGGUUCUCGACCAGGGCAAGUGUCCACAAACGCAAGCCGAAGACCUUCACUGUUAACUGCCAGAAGACCACCCAGCAGCAGAGUCCAUACCCCACCUCUGGCCAGCCCUUCAAUAGCUCCCCCUGACCUUCUAGAAGAUGGAGGAGCAUCAAGUACACCCAAAAGACUACUUGAUGAACCGGACGUAGGAGCGUCGACACCAAAAAGAAGAGCAUCCACAUCACCAAUGCCGUCAAGUUCUCCUGAUGAAGAUAUCAAACCUAAAAUCAAACAAGAACAUAUGGAUACCUCAGGUUCCCCUGAAGACAUGAAAAAAUCUAGGACAGAAGUAGCUGAUGCUGAAUCGAAUACUAUGCAUAGCGAACCAAGUAACUACGUCUGCUCAACGUGCAAAUCGCGCGUGCAUUCCGCGUGGAGGCUACUGCAGCACGUGCAACACGUGCACGGAGUGAAGAUAUACGUGGAAGCACUGCCGCAGCAGCAGCCCAGCAAGCAGAAUCACUCGUCUUCUAGCACUUCUUCUUCCAGCUCCGGAUGCUCUUCAACUGGAGCCCCCCUCCCACCACCCACGUUACGACAUCAUCCCCUUUUACCUCCACCUGAUAUGCAUUCGCCAUUUGGUGUCGGUGGUCUACUUAGGAUGCCAUUACCAGGCAGCUUGCCACCUCUUGCUCACCCCUCUGUUCCCUCAGCGCCACUGUUCGCUCGGCCGAACCACCACGACCAUAGGUUUCGAAUGGAACAACUCGUCUCAGAGCAAUUUCGCCACCACGGGCUCAACUUGGCUGCCGCAGCAGCCGCUGUGGCAGCAAACUCGCUCCCUCCUCACCAAACAUUUCCUUCGCCAGCGGACCGACCACCCGUGGUUCCGACUUCUCUCUCAGGACGAGAAAGACAACCUCCAGUAUCACAACCCCUUUCUUUAGAACCCCAGCUGGAUUUUUACUCGCAGCGCUUGCGGCAACUGGCCGGUACGACCAGUCCAGGGGCGGCCACAGGCAAUUCGAGCUCUCCUAGCCCCAGGAAGCAUUCUCCUCCGUUCGCUUCCCCGUCGCCCUCCCGAGUCGGCCAGACUCCACCGGCGGGCGCCGGACCCGGAACGGUGGACACGCCUCGUGAAGCGACGAGGCCUCACAGUUCGACGUCGCCCGAGCGCCGCAUCGAGCCCAUAGCGGCCGACGCGCCUCCACCAGAACAAAGAUCGACGACGCCGACCGCCAAGCGCAGCGACGAAGCGGUCCAUUCCUGUGAGUUUUGCGGAAAGAAAUUCCGAUUCGAGAAUAAUCUUUUAGUACAUCGUCGGUCACACACUGGCGAGAAACCUUAUAAAUGUACAGAAUGCGAUGAAUGUUUUGAAAAGGCGUCGAAGUUAAAAAAGCACAUGAAGAUACAUCGAGCACCUGAUGCUACUGAGGAUGGUGAAUCAGGUGGUGAUACGGGGGAAGACGACUCAGACGAUGAGUUGGAAGAUGAGGAGUUAGAUGGUGAGGAAGAGGAGGAAAAUGAGGACGGAGAAGAUGUCGAAGAGGCUGAAGACUUGACUGUGUCGAAUAGUAGCGUUCCGUCGGCUCCUCUCAGGAAACAAGCUCCCGCCAUUCCCGCUCAUCCGCCCAGUGCAUCUGUUGUAGGUGAACUAAUGGACAAAUUUGGACUAUCUAAUAUUGCGCAAUAUAGUGAAGCGUUCAAACAGGCUCUUCAAGAGUCUGGUAAUUCUUUAAAGUGGCAAUUAGCUAAAGAUAGAGAUAAUAACAACGGGCCGCCCAGUGAUAAACCCAACGGCAUGCCCCCGACGGCUGCAUUGCGAUUGAAAGAGGAAUUCGCUAAAAUGCCUCCUCAGCCGCACCCACUUUUCAACCCUUUUGAGAACCCGUUCGAAGCUUCGAAGCGGAUGAAACUAGAAAUGGAAAGAGGCGAAGGUUGGUGGCUGCCUACAUUGCACGCGCAACGACCGCCGGAGAACAUAUUCGACGGUCUCAAGAAUAGUAGCAAUGGACUGUUGCAGAAUCCCUUGUUGAAAUCUAAAGACGGUCGUCGUAAUGAUACUUGUGAGUUCUGCGGGAAGGUUUUCAAGAACUGUUCAAACCUGACGGUCCAUCGGCGGUCCCACACCGGAGAGAAACCUUACAAGUGCGAGCUUUGUUCCUACGCAUGUGCACAAAGUUCGAAAUUGACGAGACACAUGAAAACCCACGGGAGGCUAGGGAAGGAUGUGUACCGCUGUCGGUUUUGUGAGAUGCCGUUUUCAGUGCCCUCUACUCUUGAGAAGCACAUGCGGAAGUGUGUUGUGAAUCAAAGUAAUGGUGCGCCGUUGGCAUUAUCCGAUGACUCGAACGCGUGUCGAGACGAGGCUUCGUGACUCUACCCGUGGGGCGGGCUGCGCUUGCCUCCGCCCGCGCCGCCUAGCCAGAUUUUCUAAGGCCCAUUUAGUUUCAUUUGAGACGUUGCGUCUUGCGUCGAACUCCCUUAGAGAAAACGUUUCAAGAACCUUUCUCGACUGCAAUAUUUAUUAAAUCAAAAUUAUUAUUCAAAUUGAUAUUUCUCAGUAAUUUCGUGAUGGAAAUUUUUGAUAGUUACAAAAUUAGUACGUUUCUACAAGGCAGUUUGACGUUUGAUCUACUUCUAGUCGUAAGGAAAUGUUGGCGUAUUAUGACGACCAUUGCAAUAUGAGCCCAAAGGGUGGAACCGAAGGGCAUUAUUUUAAUUAUUACGAUCGACAUAUCUUUCGUGUUCUCUACCAGUGUUUGUUCCCAUUGUUAUAUUUUGCUAAUUGUUUAGUUUACAAGGACUUAGUAGCUAAAUUACUUGUGACAGACUUAAAGCUAAAUCACGGCCUACUAAAUUUGUUCCCAAAAUCUGAUUCCUUACAACUUUUAUUUAUAAAAAGGUAAUUGUUCUAUCAUGUUAAACAAGUAUGAAACUUAAAUUUGAUUUUUAUGAUUGAGUUUCUGCAAUAUAGUAUCUUUAUAAAUAACUUUUAUUAAUUCAUGAAAAGUUUAUGAUUUCGCUUAACGUCGCCAAUUUAAAUCUUAACUUUUUUCCUUAACCAAUGUUACCUUUUCAAAUAAGAAUUUAUUUUAAUUUUAAUCCUACUAAUAUUAUUAAUGUGAAAGUUUAUUAGUAUGUAUAUGCGAAUGUUUGUUACUCUCUCACGCAAAUACUACUGAACCGAUUACGAUAAAAUUAGGUAUAUAGGUAGCUGAAGACCCAAAAUAAGACAUAGGCUACUUUUUAUCCCGGACUUCCCGCGGGAUUGAUUGCACGCGGACGAAGUCGAAAUUUAUUGAACUAUAAGCAUUACGUCUGUAAUUUACAUCGAUAGCUACUAAGGCCAUGUAAACAAUAAUAUUGUUUGGGCUCACUGCCGCAUCUGUCUGAUUAUGUUAAAUUUCGUUUUGACAUGUUUUUAUUUAUAGAAAAAAAAUGUAGGAACCAAUGCCAAAGUUAGCUAUGUUGAUUUAACGCGACUUAGUUUAAGUUGUAUAGUGUCAAUUAAAGAUAGAUUUUUUUCCAGUAUUGUCUAGGAUCUUGAUAGCCAUGUAGUAAGUGUUUCGGAUUAAGACCCAUUAGAUUAUCUGUACAUUACUAAGCGAAAAUGUUUCCUAUCUUAGAUAAAAUAAUAGUUGUGUAAAUAUUUAUGUAAGUGUAAUGUGUAAAUUGAGUACCUACCUAUUGAUGUUCAUAUUUAUAUUUGAGAAAAAAAAGGUGUUUCGCAAAUUAUAAAUUUACAAAAAAUUUAAAAAAUUAAAAAAACGGUGAGUUUCCUGUAAUCAGUAAAUUUAAAUAAGCAUUAAAGCAAAUUUGGAAUCGAUAAGGGUAGGUGUUAUUGUAAUGUCAAUAUAAAAUUAGUAUUUAAAUUAAUACGAAAAGUCGAUCUUUAUUCCUUUAUUCUCGAAGGGGGCUAGUUAUUUUUUAAGACUGAAAAAUAUUCCAGUUUUGUUUUUUUUUUAAAUAAAUAAAUGUUUUCAUUGUGAUUCUGAUUCGUGGAAGAUACUCGAUACCUUUUUGAAAAUCUUUCAGUAUACGUACUUAAUGUAAAUUAUAAUGAAUAGAAUUUAUAUUAGAUAAUUAUAAGUAAAUUAUAAUAGAAACAUUUUGUCGUCCAUCAAGUCUCCUCAUGAAUACUGUUUUGUUUUUUGAAUAAUUUAGGGCUUCUCAAGACGACGUACGGGUUUCAAUCAAAUAUGUGCUUUAUGUUGUAUUGAUAAGACCUAAAUCUGUUAAUCGGCCAAUCUACAAUGUAUAAAAUUGUGUACUGUCCGAAAAAUAUGACCGAGAAGUCGUUUCCGUAUUUUAUAUACAUAUAUACGUAUGAAACGACUUCGAUGUUUAAUUAUUGUUUUUAUUUAACAAAAAAAAAAAUAAAAUUCGAAAUUGUACAGUUGUCAAGAAAAUGUUAAACGUAGUAGGUAAUAAUAUUUAUUUUGACAUAAUUUUUGAAGUUGCCAAAUUUCAAAUUUAUAUUUCACGUAUAUUUAUUGUUUAAAUCUAUGUAUGUAUUCAUUGCUAUAUGUCCGUUUGUGACUGUCUAUAUACGUAACAAGGACGACGAUUGGAGACAAAAUAUAGUGAAACAAAAAAUGCUACUAAGACAAAUUUUAUGGUGUACCUAACGUGAAAGAUGGAACUGUUUUUAUUAUUUUUCAUUUUUAUUAUUUUUAUUUCAAUAAAUAUCCACGAUUUGUUAAUCA